ACGCGAUCGCCAACCGACCCAGCUUUUAACAUAUGGAAUUCCAUUCCCAUUCCGAUGUCACCCGUCACUUCCUACCUUUACACCGAUUCUGAAGCAGGUGUUGUUUACAAUUUCUUUGAAGAAAGCACUUUGCAUGCAGACUUUGUGAUUAUUUUGUCCGGAACAAUAACCAAACUCCUAUGCGACGACUUUAUUUACCUACGUCGCACUCCAACUUAGAAGUUGCGCCUCAGACGAUGAGAACCUAAUUGCUUCUACGACGCUUUAGAGAAAUUCACCUUGUUUUUUUCGUCAACAUGUCUAGUCGUACUGGUGCGACUAUCCCGUCCACGCGUCGGCCUAGGAAGUCGACCGGACAUUCACCUGUGCGCAAAAGGAUGGAGAAAGAAAAUAUUACUGUCGAUGUUGCUAGUUCUUUGGCCAGUAAUGGAGGCAAGAAGAAGUCACGGAGUAAGAGUAUUGGACCUGGAGGACUGGACGCACUGAAGCCUGGAACUGGAAAUCGGCGUAUUUCUCUAGCAGCAAAUACCAAACCUCCGCCAAAAUCUAUUCUCAAACCAACCAUGCCACUACCCGAGAUACCCUCCUUCAAAUCCAAGCAGCCUGCCCGCAAUUCGCCACCAUCAUUGAACAUUCAGGGAACUGACAAGCUAGCAAAUCCGUCUCAGAAUGAUGACACAAAUUCCUCCGGCACGAAGAUUGCAGUGCGUACUGAAGAGGAACAGCAGGCUGCUGCUCGCGAAAGAGAGGAACGAGAACGGGCCAAAUUAGAGAAGGAGAUUAAUGAUCGUAGAGAGGCUCGUCGCAAGUCUCUUGCUAAUCGACGAGUGUCAUUUGCCGCUGAAGCCACUCUACACACCUUCCACGAGGUUGAGUAUAUGCAGGAUUCUACUACUUCUACCGAUUCCACAAGACGUGCAUCAUCACUUGCCGCCCAAUCGCCUGCACAACCGGCAGAUCCACAUUCUACUCCACCAGAUCAAGGGGAUGACAUUAUUCCUAAUUCUCCAGAUCAUCAGGGAGAUCUCCAGAAGAAGAGACGAAGAAGCUCAGGUGCGCCCCAGCUCAACUUCAACAACCAGAUGGACGAUACCUUGGCUUCGAGUGUCUAUAGUUCAGACUCCGACGCCGCAGAUGGCGUAAUGGAAGCACAGGAAGAUAUUGGUUCAGAUUCUGGCAGUGACUCAGAUGAUGCUGAUGGUGUAUCGAUGGACCUUGAUGUUGAUGAAGUCACUGGCACCUCAGUCGCUUCUGCUGUUUCUGCCCGUUCAGAAUUCACUACAGAUUCAACUGAUACAUUGGAAACUGCUCUUCGACUUGCAUCCCGACGUGCUGAAACCCAGCAGUUGGAUGAAGAGGAAGAGAUCAUCCCCUCAUUUGGGUGGGCUAAAAAGCCUGCGCCUAAACAAGCUAGUCCUACCCAUGACCAGGAAAAUACCCAAACCACAUCGAAAAAUGGCCCAGUUCAGGACGAUGAAGAUCAAGAUGAGACUGGCGGUAUGGAUAUGGAUAUGGAUAUGGAUAUGACAAAUGCCGCGGGUGGUAUCAUCAAAUCUAAUGGCGGUCCCCUAGAAGACGACGAUGCUCAGGAGGAAGAGAUGUCGAUGGAUGUUACUCGAGCACUAGGUGGUAUUUUUCCCCAGCGCAACAAGACACAGAGCAUUCAAUCAGCUAGCCCAGAUAAAGCCGGAGAUGGUUCAAUGGUUGAGGACGCUUCCAUGGAGUUCACUACGGCAGUUGGUGGUAUUCGAAAGGGACCACAAUUAGCAAGCGAGCCCUUUGACCUUGAUGAUAACGAGGAGAACGAAGAUAUGUCGAUGGAAUUCACUACUGCUGUGGGCGGAGUUCUAUCGGGGUAUAAGCCCAAUGCUUCAACUAGAAGGGCUCCUUUGGGUCGUCGCCGUACUAUGACGGCUACCAACGAUGAAGCAACCAUGGACAUGACAGUUGGACUGGGUCGUAUUCUUCCUGCUAAUGAAGUUGAAGACGAGGACGAUGCUACUAUGGGAAUGGAUAUGACCACGGCUGUGGGCGGAAUUAUCAACGGCCCGCCUCUCGCUAAAGAUCGAACUGAAGCAAGGCACAUUAUGGAGAAGGAGGUCGAUGAGGAUGAUAGCGUGCCUGCGCUACACUCUUCUGCCAAACAACGUCUGUCCAAAGCCAUUUCUGGCACGAGUAUCUCGGAAGCCGGGAGCCCUAGUUUAUCUGCGUUUCGGGGCCAGGGACUCCGUCGCAGUAUUAAUUGGCGAACCUCUGCCAGUCCGAAGAGCAGCUCGCCUGUUCGAGACCUUUCGACGCCAAAAUCUGCGAAUCCUGCUCAGCAAAGCACCCCAAAUAAGCAAGGGCCUCGAACCCCACUGAAGGACUCUCCUUCGAGGAAGUCAAAGUCUCCUGCUUCAACAACUCGACAGAUCUCAAACCGUUCGACCUCUACGCCCAGAUCCGCUUCCAAAAAUGGCCAAUCAACGUCGAUUUUCCAACAAGACCCCUCAACCGGCUUAUCCACACCACGAGUGAUCUUAACUCCACAAUCGAGGCGACUUUCGGGUCUGGGCGCUGACAGACCUGGUCUUGGGUCCCCUAAAGUUGCUGCCAUAUUUGAUAGGCGAGAAUCUAUUGGAGAGGCAGCGGACAACUUUGUCCCACGUGAAGGUGCUCGAGGUGUCACUUUUGCUGAUCCCCGAGUUAUGGAAUAUGAAGUGGACCAAGAGCGCCGAGAAGAAGCGGACAGGGAGAAUGGUCGCCGCAUACUCGAGAGAGAAGCCGAUGGCGAAGAUGAAGAGAAUACUACAGCGACUCUGAAGGAUAUGAUCUCUAGUAUGACGCCGAAGAAAAAUCCCCUCAAGGGACGUAAAAGCCUCCACGUAGGCAGUGCCAAAGGUCUUCUCGGUAAACGCCCUGCCGAACUCGACAACGAAGAAGACGAAGAAGAACGCGAUGGAAUUAAACGGCUUAAGAAUCACCAAAGCAGCCCUGUCAAGAAUGUGCGAUUGCACGCCCCCCCCUCGAAAGCUGAGACAACUGGGCGGAUAACUCGCUCCGCUGGUCGAAAUGUGGACGAUGCAGGUAACAAUGCGACCACUUCGACACCUGUACUUUCUCCCAAGAAAGCGCUUACGACAGCACCAUCGCCCCAGUCUAAAGGGCGCUUCAAAGGUUUCGACUCCAGUCAUCCUACCGAUACGUUUAACUUCGACGAAUCACAUGUGGCUGAUUCUGAAAUGCACAUGGAUGAUGAUGAUGGAGAGCGGAUUCAUCUUCAAGACUUCUUGAACAUGACGAAUGUUCGCUUCAUGGAAUUAACCACUACCAAGAGGCGACAUACACAAGCUCCCACGAGCGUCAAAGGCGAUGCUACGUUAGGAAAAGAAGAUGUCUCCCUUGAACGAUGCGUCGUGGCAGGUGCUUGUACAGUUCCUAUGCUGGAAUUGUACCAACAUUCUUGCCGAGAACUGAAGAAAUACAUUUCAGAGGGCAGAAGAAUUGUCCGGGAGAUCGAGACGGAAACUUGGGAAGAGAAUCCUCCGCUUUUUAAGGAAUACAUGUCAGCAACGCCCGAAUACAAGCUCUUCUUGGACAACCAAUUCAAGAAUGUCAAAACACACGCGCGGCUAUUGAGCAAGGCCAUGUGGUACGAAUGGCGCAUGAAGCUCCAGGAUGGUCUCAAGGAAGGCUUGGUCACGAUUGCCGAGGGCAUGAAAGCUGACGAGCAGCUGUUGCAAAAGGAACAGAAAUUGCUCGAUUCCGUAUUGCCUAAGCUGAUAGAACGAUUCAAGUCCUUGGAAGUAGAGCACGACAACCUUGAGUCUGCCGUUCAAGAACUAGCGGACUGUGAUCCUGAAGACCUGCAAGCCGCACGGUCUGAACUUACCGAGGUUGACGCAGAUAUCGAAGCCAAAAUGAAACAGAUCGAGCAAUUGCGUCAACAGCUUGGCGAAACCGAAUCCGGUAUCAGCGAGUUAUCGCAGAAAAAGGAGGAGUGCCUUUCUGAUAUUAAGGAGGCCGAGAAAGUUCGCGAGGAAUGCAGAGGUUGGACAUCUAAUGAAGUCAGCUCUCUGAAAGCGAGGGUAGAAGAGCUCGAGAAGCAGCAUGGCUGGAUGAUCACAGGCACUAAUGGAACUAUGAUGUCGAUGACAUAUCGAAAAGAGAUCGAGCUCGUUUUUGACGUCGCUGUAUUCAAGGGCGUGAAGUCGACAAAUUCAAGAAUCGACUUGUGGUACAUUGCAGCCAAUCGGGAACGAGAUCCCAAGCCGUCCACGCCGGAAAAGGAAUUUUUCAUUCAAUGCAUCCGGGACCAUAUCAGAGGAUUGGACCAAUCACAAACUCGAAUCAAGGAACUUCUAGACAUGGUCAGUGCAGGAUGGAAGAAAGCCAAUCACGUGUCAGAAAGCAUGCGGCUCGUCGACUGCACGUACAGAACCAACGUCACCAAGACUUCAGAUACGUCUAUUUCGUUCCGCGCAAUCUUGCUGGUAUCCCCAGUGAAGACGAGAGUGGAUAUUACACUUAAUUUCCACGGCCGGAGCACGCCUAGUGGUGUCGAGGUUACUAUCGAGCCCGAGGCACGCGUUGUCUAUGGAGAGCAGUUCAAGAUAGACAAUGUUGUCGAGUUUCUCAAGACUAGAAUUGGCACACGGGUUAUUACAAAGGAGGAGCAAAGCAAUAUCGAGUCUUGGAGCGAUAUCAUUGUCGAACUCCAAGAGAGGCUGGUUGCCAAGGCAAAGGCCCAGCAGAAAUAAGCUUCGUCGAUGAAUGGGGAACGCGUUUAUUGGCUUCCUGGCCUCUGCCCUGCCGUAUUGUAAUGACUGACGACUGUUAUCCACGGAUCUGGAAGAUAUCCCUGAUGAAAAGAAGGCGUUUGGUAGCGUACUGUUAGAUUAAUGACGAAUGUACAUAAAUUCGUCUUGUAAGGAUCACUUUUGAUAAUGAGGGACUUGCACUCAACCAACGGCGGGAGGAGCAAAUUUCCCUCACUUUUAAUACACCAGUUACUUUUUACAAUCUGGACCUCAUGUUUCAAUGAUUCCCUCUUUAAUUCACUUAGGAACAUGUUUCAGACAAAUGUUUUAAAGGCAAUACGAGUAGUUAUUUUUA